AUGCUCACACCUUCCCGGCGCUCGGGGGUGACACAGCCACGAGGCCAUCCCCUCCCAGAUCCAAAGGAAGCGGAUUCAAUCCCAGCCUCCGACCUGUGCAUGUCCGCCCUGCGACCACGUCGGUUUCCUCCCACACCCCAAAGAUGUACGAGCUGGGGUCGGAUCCUGGAGAAGCGUCAGAAUGUCGGCGAGACCAUUGAGCUGACGGAGGAAGGCCGCGCGGUCGGGGUGGCCGAGAAGCAGAAGCCCCUCUGGGAUUGCACCUGCUUCGGCCUGCCCAAGCGCUACGUCAUCGCCAUCAUGAGCGGCCUGGGGUUCUGCAUCUCGUUCGGGAUUCGCUGCAACCUGGGGGUGGCCAUCGUCAGCAUGGUCAACAACAAAACGGUCUACAGGGACGGGAAGCUGGUCAUGGAGGAAGCCACAUUUAACUGGGACCCGGAGACAGUGGGAAUGAUUCAUGGAUCCUUCUUCUGGGGGUACAUUGUUACGCAGAUCCCAGGCGGCUACAUUGCACAGAAAUUUGCUGCCAACAGAGUAUUCGGCUGGGCGAUUGUGGCUACAUCGUCGCUGAACAUGUUGAUACCUUCCGCAGCAAAAGCCCACUACAGUUGUGUCAUUUUGGUCAGGAUCCUGCAGGGUCUGGUCGAGGGGGUGACAUAUCCGGCCUGCCACGGGAUUUGGAGUAAGUGGGCGCCUCCGCUAGAGCGAAGCCGGCUGGCCACCACCUCGUUCUGCGGUUCCUACGCUGGAGCAGUUGUGGCCAUGCCCCUUGCGGGAGUCCUUGUCCAGUACUCAGGGUGGAGCUCGGUCUUCUAUGUCUAUGGAAGCUUUGGCUUGGUGUGGUACGUGUUUUGGCUACUGGUGUCCUUUGAGAGCCCAGCCAAGCACCCCACCAUUACGGAGCAGGAGAAGAUCUAUAUCGAGGAAGCCAUUGGAGAAGGUGCCAACCUUAUGAACCCUCUAGCGAAAUUCAAGGCGCCCUGGCACAGGUUUUUCACCUCAAUGCCUGUCUACGCCAUCAUCGUGGCCAACUUCUGUCGCAGUUGGACCUUCUACCUGCUUCUGAUCAGCCAGCCAGCGUACUUUGAGGAAGUUUUUGGGUUUGAAAUCAGCAAGGUCGGCCUGCUGUCUGCUCUCCCCCAUCUCGUCAUGACGAUCAUCGUGCCCAUUGGCGGGCAAAUCGCUGAUUUCCUCCGAUCCAAGAACAUCAUGUCCACCACCAAUGUCCGGAAGCUGAUGAACUGUGGAGGUUUUGGGCUGGAAGCAACCUUUCUUCUCGUGGUGGGGUUCUCACACACCAAAAGCAUCGCCAUCUCCUUCCUCGUCCUGGCCGUGGGUUUCAGUGGAUUCGCUAUCUCAGGGUUCAAUGUCAACCAUCUGGACAUCGCCCCACGUUACGCCAGUAUCCUGAUGGGACUGUCCAACGGGGUUGGGACUCUCUCUGGGAUGGUGUGCCCUCUCAUCGUGGGAGCCAUGACAAAGCAUAAGACCCGGGAAGAGUGGCAGUACGUCUUCCUGAUCGCCUCGCUGGUGCACUACGGGGGCGUCAUCUUCUACGGCAUCUUUGCUUCGGGUGAGAAGCAAGCCUGGGCCGAGCCCGAGGAGCUGAGCGAGGAGAAGUGUGGCUUCAUACACGAGGACGAGCUGGCCAAUGAGGCAGACGACGGCCUCCAGGGCUACGGCAGCUACGGGGCGACCGAGACCACCCAGGUCACCAACGGGGGCUGGGCCCCCGACUGGGACAGGAAGGAAGAAUUCGUUCAGGAGCAGGGCAGGGACGUGUACAUGUACGGCCACACCCAGGACAGGGACUUACCGUGA